UCCGGAAUCGGUUUGUAAACAGGAGAACGUGUGUACAUGUAUUAAGCGUGGUGUGGGAAGAGUUUGCUUGGUGCAGUGAUUAUUAUCACACAAUGCUGCCUGCACGGUUAUUAAAAUGUUGGCAGCUGCUGUUAUGGGAACCAGUCCAGUUUGCUGCAGGCUCCUUAGUUCGUCAGCCCUUCAGAUGUUUGAACAGCAAGACUGCUAGCAUAACCAAAGUGCAUCGUAAAAUGUAUACUCGGAUGUACCCAACUGCAGUUAUAUUACCAGAUGGUUCAAGCAUCACCAUUCGUUAUCACGAACCAAGGAGCAUCAUUAAGUUACCACUUGACCUCUCAACUGUAAGUGAAGCAGAACGAAUGGCAAGAUUACAACGAAGGAAACCAAAGAAGAAGGUGCAAAUAGUAGAAGAUAUUGAAGAUAGUUUUGAUCCCAGACAAUAUGUGCGCUUGCUAAAGAAAUGAAGAGGUGACUACGAAUGUUUUUGAGCUGUUGAUGUAAUGUAGAAUUAAUAAAUAAAAUUAAUGUUAAUGAA